GUUCAGUCCUCCCCUUUCUCCUCGGUAAUGGAGUCUCCAAACCCCGCUUCCUCUGCAACCCCCAAUCCCUUCGCCUUUUUCCACCAACAUUUUCAACGUCUAAGCUCCGACAUCUCUACCCGUGUCGAAGAAACACGGCGAGGAAUCGCCAAAAACCUUUUCCCAUUUCAGCCACGUAAGCCCCAUCGUUGGUCAUUGCCUUUUGCUUCGUUAUCACAGCAGCAACAAGACGACAACAAUCUUCGCAGCGGAAAACAUGUGUUUGACUUGGCCCUAAGCACUGCCAAUGUAUCGAAGACGCUUGCUGGAACAGAGCUGUACACAGUCAGCAAUUCCGAUAACGAAUUCGUCCUAAUUUCGGAUCCUAAUGGACUCAAAUCAAUUGGGUUACUCUGUUUUCGUCAAGAAGACGCCGAAGCAUUUCUUGCUCAGGUUCGAUUGAGGAAAAGGGAGUUAAAAGGGCGAGCAAAAGUUGUACCAAUUGCACUUGAUCAGGUUUAUAUGUUGAAGGUUGAAGGAAUUGCAUUUCGAUUUUUGCCUGAUCCUGUUCAACUUAAGAAUGCAAUGGAGUUGAGAACUUCUACUACCAAGAAUGGGUUUGAUGGAGUCCCUAUUUUUCAGUCGGAUCUCCUAGUUAUAAAGAAGAAAAACAAACGUUACUGUCCUAUAUAUUUUCGAAAGGAGGAUAUUGAGAAAGAGUUGUUAAUGAUUCCACGAGGACCAAAAGGACCCGCCAUUUCACAACAUAUCAUGGUGGGAUGUUUGGAAGAUGUUUUGAAAAAAAUGGAGAUGAGUGAGAAAAAUUCCGGUUGGGAAGAUCUAAUUUUCAUCCCCCCUGGUAAAAGUCAAUCGCUACACCUGCAGGAAGUUCAUUUUUCUAGUCUUGUUGAAAAACAGGUAGUGAAUUGCCAUGUAGAAGAUAGUGACAAGGAUGAUGAUAUCACCAGAAGAAGAUGUAUUUUGUAUUGGAAUCUUGGUUGUGAAUGAAAAUCAUAGUAUUUGAAUCCUUAUUAUUAUUAUUAUUAUUUUUCAUUUUUUGAUGUUAUAAUUUAUGAAACUAUGUAUGAUGAGUCUUAAGAGUUGCACGUCACAUCCUCAGAUCGGU